GACUCCUCCGCAUCGGCGCAUCCUUCAGGAACAGGAAUCAGGCAACACAAUUUACACAUCAUAUCUUCCAUCCUUAUUAUUGCACAAGAAAUAAGAACACCUGUUUCUUUCUCACCUCCUUCUCGUUGUGGCUCACUUCUAUUUUUCCUCCCUUUGACCUGCAUAUAACGCCUGCUUAGCUCCGUCCUCCUGAACAUGCAGCUAUAGAAAUCACCAUGGUCUCAUUCUGGCCCUUCAAGGCCGGCGAGAAGUCCGCCGCAUCCUUCGAAAAAGAGCUGGCCGAACUCGCGAAGAAGAUUUCCGCCACCACCGCUCGACAAGAACGAUUGCGACAACAGGCAAGACGCGCGCGAGUGUCCACCGUCCUCUAUGGCGGGUUCGCGUACACGCUCGCAGCCCUGAUCUUGAUAUUGGUGACGGGAUGGCGGAAUUGGGGUCCGGGGGAAUACCAGGUGGUUUGUGGAGGACCGGUGAUGCUGUUCGGUCUUACAUGGACCGUGUCUUACAUUUUCAAUUACCGGAUUUCCACAACGGCCGAUCAGCUCGAGAAGCUCAACCAUGAACGAGAGACGACUAUCGAGAUGCUCAAGAAAGUUACCAACUACAACUCUACGAAGCAAUUAUUGGAUAAAUACUCGGGAGAGAAGCCGAAACCUGGCCCGUCUCAACCAAAGCAGCCUCAGCAGACGCCUCCGAAACACGGCAGAACUAGAAUGCCACCUCCAAGAACUGCGAAUAUCCAGAGACCCCAAGAGGUACCAGCGUAUGUUGGAACGCCGCCCCCGCCCGCUUCUCCAAGCGAUCAGCUUCGCAGAGGACCACCUCCCGGCGACCCUCGCAUGCCAACCCCGACCUCCCUCGAACAGCAACAACUACCCAUCGGCGAAGAAUUCGCUCCGAACGCCUUCAACGUCCAACAAUACACCACGACCCCGCGAGUCUUCACCGAGCCGCGCUGGUACGACCGGAUCCUCGACGCGCUCCUCGGCGAAGACGAAACGCAGGCGAAGAACCGGUUGGCGCUCAUCUGUCAAACGUGCAGGCUGGUCAACGGCCAGGCGCCUCCGGGCGUCCGACGAUUGGAAGACGUGGGACGAUGGCGAUGCCAUGGUUGCGGGGCGUCGAACGGGGUGGAGAACGAAGCGACUGCGAUCCUGCGAGAUAUGGGGGAGAGUGUGGUGAAGGAGGAGGCAAGAGCAAAGUCGGCAGAUGAUGAGGUGGGGGUAAGAAGCAGCGCAGAGGAUACGCCAUCGAGUGACCAUGGUGAGGAGUAUAUUGGAGAACAUUUGUUGCUUGGAGAUGGACCGGCGGAAGACGCGGAACCAUCGGGGACGGGCAGGGAGCGACCACCGAAUGCUAGGAAAAGAUCGAAUAAGAAAAAGGGCUCUGGUAAACAAUAGCGUAGAGAACGGUCAUGAGAAUUGAGAACGGUCAUAAUAUCAAUCUACCUACACGCAAACCACCUAUCAAGUAUGUCACCCUUCAGUAGUGAGC